AUGCCGCUUGUCGCUUGUGUGCGUGUGUGUGUGUAUGUGUGCGUGUCUGAGUCAAAGGUGUCGUUCGUUAUCAUUCAGAGAAAAUCAGGCUUCACCUUCAGCUGCGUCGAACAUCAGCGUCAAACCUAUGCAUAUGCCGUAGUGACAACAUCGUCGUCAUUCGCCACGAUGGAGUUGGACUUCACGGUGAUUGCGUUGGUGGCGUCAGCGAUUUCCUAUGUUGUUUACAAUCUGUUGUACCUUAUUGCACAGUUAUGGGAAGCGUUCGCUACGUUGUUUCUAGGUUUAUAUUAUGUGGCACUUUUCUAUGGGUUUAUGAAGGCACGAAAGUCUUUCCUCAUCGUGGGAACGGGUUUGCUGGCAUUGUCAACCGUCAUAUUGAUUGGCUUAUUUGUGUUUUUUAUGGUUGAAAUUUUUUAUUCACAUUCUCUAGUUUAUCAAUCGCUCAUCUACAUAAAGAACAUGGACGAAAAGCAGCGAGUCGUAGGUGGGGGGCUUCCGAAUGUGAACGUCGCGCUCAGCUUGGGAGACGCUGCUGGAGGGAUGAACCAUAGCUGUACAUCGCAGUCUCAUACACAAAAAGACACAUUCUACCACGAUGAGGCGGAAAACUCUUCUGAAGCUCCACUCGAGGCGAUGGCCAUUCAAACCGAACUCGAUGAGCCAGCGAUGUCAGAUUUUAGCUAG